UGGGCGGGAGAUGCCACCGGGCCGCCGCAGCAUCGCAGUCGAAGCUCUUGACGGCACCGAUUGAGCGCCGUCGAGCGUUGGUGGCUGCAAAGACGCCCAUGCCCAUGCCCUGCCCUGCCGUGAUGUCAGCACCUGCGAGGAUGAAGUCAGCGAUCUGAUCGUUGAACAAGCAUCGCUGGGGGGGAAGCUCGGGCCAGUUACGAGCUCCCUGGAAACGAAACCUGAAGCAAGCGACGCCAGCACUCUCCUCUGUGCUGCUCGGGCGCUGCAAUCAGCGAACUUCUCGAUGCUACCAGGCCCUGCUACCUGCCUCUCUGUCUCCUGAAGGGCCCAGCGUUCUUGCUUGCGCGCCACGUCAAUUACCAUGCCAGCCCGAGCAAACGGCUCCCUUCAGCGGGGAGACGAUGACGGUACGUAUACCUUGUGCAGCUCUAAUCACCGCAUCUCAGGUAGCUAAUGCCUGCACGGAUAUCCGAUAGAAGUAUGCCCCGUCUGCAAGUCGUCCAGAUACCUCAAUCCGGACAUGCGAUUUCUCAUCAACCCAGAAUGCUACCAUAAAAUGUGCGAGUCAUGCGUCGAUCGCAUAUUUUCUUCCGGCCCUGCGCCUUGCCCAGUUGCCGGCUGCCGAAAAACCCUGCGGAAAAAUAAAUUCCGGAAGCAAACCUUUGGGGACCUUGCGGUUGAGAGGGAAGUCGAUAUUAGAAAACGGGUAAUGGGCAUCUUGAACCGACGAGAAGAAGAAUUCGAUAACAAACGUGCGUGGGAUGACUUUCUUGAACAACGAGAGGAGAUCAUAGCCAAUCUCGUAAAUGACAUCGACGUUGCCAAAACGGAAGCCCAACUCGCUCAGUACUCCGCAGAAAACUCUGCCUCUAUUCGUCAUAACAAGGACCUUGCCAGACAGGAGAAUGAGUCUUUUGAGUUUCAUCAGUCCGCGGAGCAGGAGGAGCUUCGUCGGCGACGUGAAGCCGCCAGGUUGGACUACGAGAACGAGAGGAAGGCCAAAAUUGCCAGUCGCGAAGAUGUAAUCUCCCGCCUCGCAUCUGGAGAUGCCGAGGAGGCCAAAGCAGUUGCCCGUGAGUCUGAACGAGCCCAUCAGCUGAAGAAAUCUUCCGCCAGACGCAGCGAGGAAGAGAGAUUGAAACGAAAGCAAGCUGCCUUACGAGCUGCAGAGAGCGCGAACAAAGGCCCAUUGGCUGCCGGGGCAGGCAAUGCUGCAGCCGCCGGUGGAGGGUUGAUCAAGGGCCUAAGGAAGAUCAAGACUCCUGAACCAGAGAAGCCGUAUGAUCCGUUUGCCGGUGCUGCAGCACUAAACAGCCGUGACUAUUAUGAACUCCGUGAUCACUACCCGUCAACAUAUCUUGACCCGCUACGUGAAGAUACGAGGGUUCUGGCUGGUGGAUAUGAUUUACGGGAGUAUUAUGAAAGGACGCUCCUGGAGGCCUUUGCAGGCCUUGCUUGUUUUGUCAGUGAGGAGAUACCUGGAAGAGACAAAUCAGUCGCAGCACCGGCGUCGAGAGGUACACCACCAGCACAGAAAAUACCGGCAAAGCUUUCUACGCCGUCCUCAUUGCCUGCCAAACGACGGGCACAGGGAUUGGAAACCAUCUCAAAGAAUAGUGAUGAUGUGUUCUAG